CUUCCGUACAAUACAUUGCAAAUGCAAUACAUAUAUUCGCAAUUCGCAUAUAUGUAAUACUACCAGUGUAUGUAUAUUCGUCUAUACUAUGCUAGUUUAUAUUUAAGUAUAUUCGUCACAAAAAAGCAAACGAAUGAGUAUGUACGAAUCUUUCCGUAAAUGAAUCAUACCUACGCCUUUCGCGUUUCUGACGAUCAUGUCUAGCGAAUCGAUAGAAAAUCAAUGUGACCAGAAGAAAAAGUUACCAGUGGUAUGGCCAUACAUGACCGUGUCGUCAUUUUCAUUGACUCUCAUUACACGUUUAAUAGCUGCUGCAGCAAUAUGGGGCUGGGGCUACACCAAUUGGAGUUUUGGCUGGUUAUUACCACCAAUCUUAUUAACAACGUGGAAGUACGAAAGUGACAGAAAUAGUGAACUCAAGAGACUCACUGUCCAAGCAUCAGUUAUGGCUAACGAAAAAGAUAUCAUAAUCAGCAAAAUGAAUGAUCUACCAUCUUGGGUUUAUUUUCCAGAUUUCGACCGAGCCGAAUGGUUGAACAAAAUACUUUGCAAGAUAUGGCCAGGUAUGAAUCAUUUUUCACGACAACUUGUUAGAGAAACAAUUCAACCAUCGAUAGUACAAUCAUUAGCUGAAUACAAGAUCACUGGUUUUCAAUUUGGACGCUUCGUAUUGGGUCGUAUUCCACCGAAAAUCUAUGGCGUGAAGGUUUAUGAAAAUAAUACAUCAAGAAAUGAAAUUAUAUUGGAUUGUGACAUGCUGUAUGCUGGCGACUGCGAUAUAUCAUUUUCACUUGGUAAUAUUAAAGGUGGCAUUCGAGACUUUCAACUCCGCGGUAUGGCUCGUAUUGUUUUAAAACCGAUGCUUAAUGUCAUGCCUCUCGUUGGUGGCAUUCAAAUAUUCUUUCUCAAUAAUCCAUCAAUUGAUUUUAAUCUUGUUGGAGCUAUUGAUGUCCUCGAUUUUCCGGGUUUUAAUCAAGCAUUGAGAAAAGUCAUUAGAGAGCAAAUAUCGAAACUCUUAGUGAUGCCUAAUAAACUUGCGUUUUCUUUGAGUCAAGAUGUCCCAACGUAUGAAAUAAAAAUGCCUGAACCAGAGGGAUUAUUGAGAAUCCACGUAGUGCAAGCGAAACAUUUGAUGAAAAAAGACAUUGGUAUGCUUGGUAAAGGUAAAUCAGAUCCAUAUGCAAUAAUAACUGUCGGCUCACAGGAGUUCAAAACCAAGACUAUUGAUAAUACUGUUGAUCCCAAAUGGGAUUAUUGGUGUGAGUGCCUUGUGAUGUCGAGUGUCGCACAACAGCUAGAAGUAGUACUGUGGGACCAUGAUGAGGCAAAAGGUGACGAAAAUCUUGGCAGCAUACUGAUUGAAAUCAGUCAAGUCAAAGAGAAGAGAUCAAUCGACAAUUGGUUUACCCUGGACUUCGCAAAACAUGGAUCGAUCCAGCUUCGAUUGACAUGGUUGAAUCUAACAAAAGAUAUUGUCGAUCUCCAAGCAGCAAUUAUAGAAACUCAAGAGCUUGGAGUCACUUCAAUGAGCACGGCUCUUUUAUUAGUUUUCAUCGAUUCUGCUAAAAAUUUGCCUUGUCUUCGUGGCAGCAAACAGCCAGAUGUUUACCUCGAAGCUUGUGUUGGAAGCAAAAAAGAAAGAACUGGCACAAUUCUUAGAAGUUGUGAUCCCGUUUGGGAGCAAGGUUUCACUCUUCUCGUUGCUAAUCCUGAGACAAGUAAUCUCAAUAUACGAGUAAUAGAUGAAAAAACAAAUUUGGUUGUUGGGAGCUUAACUUACAUGCUUUCAACACUUUUAACACAUCCAGCACUCGAAGAGACACAACAGCCAUUCAGUCUGCAAAACGCUGGUCCUGAAAGCAAAGUUAUUAUGUCACUCGCGUUGAGGAUUGUCAAGUAUGAGAAUCCAGAUCCAUUCAAGAAGGUUGAAGAGUCGACCAUCAGCAACUCGUCUGACAGCAGCUUACAAUCGACUCCAUUAAAAAAACAGUUAUCUAAAGAAUCUAUCCGUAACUUGAAAAACAAUAGUGGGAUUUCCGGUUCCAUUUCUCCGGUCACUCUCGAUGAGGAUGAUGGAGUAAUUUCAAAUCAGGGACCGAAUAAUCAAGUGCCUCAUUCUGGAUUAAUCCACAGAAAUCCAAGUUUGACAUCUUUUGCAGGUGAAGCUAAACUUGGCCGAAUUCAGUUGACAUUUCGCUACAGUGUUCCACGACAAAAAUUAGUCAUUGUUGUUCACAAGAUAGCGAAUCUCCCUGCAUCAUCAAAUGAUCUCUCCAACAUUCCGGAUCCAUAUGUUAAACUCUACCUACUUCCUGAUCGUCAUAAGGAGACGAAACGUAAAACAAGUGUUAUGAGAGAUAGUUGCAAUCCAGUUUACGACGAGCAAUUUGAGUAUCUUGUUUCACAGGGUGAUUUAAAUACUAGAGUACUGGAAGUUACAGUUUGUGCGCAAAAAGGAUGGCUUGGUGGCGGUAGCAAUGUAAUGGGGCAGGUCCAUAUUAAUCUCUCGGAAAUUGAUAUUACAAAGGCAAUAUCAGCGUGGUAUGAUUUGUUGCCAGAAUCAAAAGAUUAACAUUUUAUAGGCAAAUAUUAUUACAUUUAUUGCAUUGUUUUUUUAUUAAUUAUUGUUGAAUUAAUAUUUAAUUUUUUUAGUUAUGUUAACUUACAUGUGAAUCAAAUUUCAAAAUAAAAAAAAAAUUCAGUUCCAAUAGUUCAAAUAACAAAGUUAAAUGUUAAGGAUAUUUUCCUCUACUUAAUUUCGAUAAAUAUUAUUUAAAUGGCGAAGCAGAAUAACUAUUUAUCAUAUCCAGAUUUUUCUACAGUCCCAAAAUUAAGGUGAUUAAUGUCAAAGUUGACACAUUGGCACCAACGCACGUUAUCGUUUGUGUUUAGGGCUUC